GGUAAAGCAGUACAACUAGUCAUCAGACCCGUUAUAUUUUAACUCACAAUAAAUAAUAUUCUAUUGUCGGGUACACUGCACAGUAGUACUAGUGCAAUUCUAUACUUCCUUCUUAAGAUUUCAUCAACCAAUAUUUGAUUUUUGUACCACUUGUUCAACAAUUAUUGGUUGCAAAUGUGCUUAUACUUGUGUGCUUCUCGUUUUCACUCUCCUUGUAAAGGGUAGCAGAAAAGCAGUAGACUUAUGUUCACUGAAAUUCAGAAUGGAGGGGCCAAUGGUUACAAGAAAGCAUGACCAUGGAGACAAGUCGUUGAAGUUUCUGCUUGAUACAUUUGGCUCUUCAUUCUCUAUAGGGGAGAUUGCUUCUGCCUUUUGCAAUGCAGGCCGAGAUGUUAAUGUGGCUGGUGAGAUUCUUCGCGGUAUGCAGACAGUCCCUUCUGCUGAUGGAACUCGUUUAACUAAAGCAUCUAAGUUGAAAACAAGUCCUGCUUCGAUGAGUACUAUUUCAACUGUUGGGAAAAGUUGUGUUUGGCGUGUUGUUGGAUCGAAUGGAACUUCUAAUGGGACAAUGCCUCUAGAAUUAGGGGCAGCUUCGGUGGAUACCGGUUCAUCCGAUGGGAAAAAUUAUGUUUGGCGUGCUGUUGGAUCGAAUGGAACUUCUAAUGGAAAAAUGCCUCUAAAAGUAGGGGCAGCUUUGGUGGAUACCAGUUCAUCCGAUGGGGAAAAUUAUGUUUGGCGUGUUGUUGGAUCGAAUGGAACUUCUAAUGGGACAAUGCCUGUAAAAGUAGGGGCAGCUUCGGUAAAUACCAGUUCAUCAGAUGGGAAAAAUUAUGUUUGGCAUGUUGUUGGGUCGAAUGGAACUUCUAAUGGGACAAAUACAAUGCCUCUAAAAGUAGGGGCAGCUUCGGUGGAUACCGGUUCAUCCGAUGGGAAAAAUUAUGUUUGGCGUGUUGUUGGAUCAAAUGGAACUUCUAAUGAGACAAUGCCUCAAAAAGUAGGGGUAGCCUCGGUGGAUACCGGUUCAUCUGAUGGCGAUGGGAAAAAUUAUGUUUGGCGUGUUGUUGGAUCGAACGGAACUUCUAAUGGGACAAAUACAAUGCCUUUAAAAGUAGGGGCAGCUUCGGUGGAUACCGGUUCAUCCGUUGGGAAAAAUUAUGUUUGGCGCGUUGCCGCAUCAAGUAAAACUUCUAAUGGAACAAUGCCUAUAGAAAUAGGGGAAACUUCAGUUGCUAUCAGUUCAACUGUUGGGAAAAAAGCUGCUGGAACAAAUGAGACUCCUAACGGGGAACAAGCUUUGAAAGUGAAGGCAGCUUCAGUAGUUACCAGUUCAAGUGUUCGUGAGAAAAAUUGUUUUUGGAGCGUUGUAGGAUCUAAUGGAACUCGUGAUGGGAAAAGACCUUUGAAAGUAGAGGCUAAUGGGUUUCAUGUACCAGUCAAAACUUCAGACAAACCCUUGCUUUCAAGGGAUGCUGAUUUGGGUUUGUUUGAAACCUCCUCAUCGGAAAGUAAUCCCAGUUCUGAUGACCACAUGGAGAAAUUCUUGUUUGACAUGUUUGGACAUGGAUUUCAACUCGAAAGAAGUACAAUUCGGGAAAUGUUAGGUCAGUGUGGAUACGACAUGAAGAAGAGCUUGGAAGCAUUGUUAGAUCUUACAGCCGUAACACUUGACAGAAGAAAUAACUUGCUCGAGGGUAGACAUGUGCAUUCCAACUCCAAAAAUCUUUCAUCUAGUAGCCGAAUACAAAAACAAGCAUAUGCUAUAAGUAAUGGUUGUAGUACCAUGAGAUCCAAUGAGAAAUAUGAUCGGCAAGAGGAGAGCUUAUCUGCAGUAUUUCCCGCUCCUGAGCAGCGAGACUUGUCUUUCAGUGCUUCUAUUCCUGGAUCAGCUACAAGUUCUUGCGCAACAAGAGUAGUGAUUGAGCCUGUGAAAGACAUUGCUGGGGACUUUAAGGCGAAAACCACAAUGUCACACCUUGACAAACUGAAAGAUGUUGUUGAAGAGGGUAGCUAUAAUACCCUUCGCAAAGCCGUGAAAGAACACCGUGAAACAAUGAAGAAGUAUUAUAAAGAUGCGGCAGAAGCUUUUGCAAGAGGUGAUCGUGAUCAAGCACUUGCGCUGCUCGAAAAGGGACAGUUUUUUUACAAAAAAGCUCGUGAAGCUGAUGAAGAAUCUGUCGCAAAAAUAUUUGAGACCAGCACUGGCGAUGACACGGUGGAAGACGAAGUCUCUCUUGACUUACAAGAUCACAAUGUUAAAGAGGCAAUACAACUUGUGAAACUUCACCUUCGUACACUCUCUGGCAUUCCCUUUGUUAGGAAUCUAAAAAUCUUAAUUGGGAAUGGAGAUCGAGAUGUUAAAAAGCUAAAACGACUGAUUUUUAAGCUAUUGGAUAAGGAGGGCAUUAGUUGGAUCGAAGAUGAGAAAUGUGGUACAAUACUGAUACGUUUGGAUGAAAUCAACCCGAAAACCCUUAGCUUCGGUAGAAAAGUUUGUCAAAUAUAAGAAUUGAAGUUGUGUUGCAUCGAAGAUACAUGAAGAACAUCUACAAUUGUUUGGAAUCAAAGAAAUCAUCCAAAAACCAUUUUUUGGGAAUUUAAUCAUAUGAUUGUUCUAUUUGUGGCUUCCUCUACAUGGUUUAAAAUAAAUUACACUACAAGUAUUUCCUAAUAGUGAAUAGUGAAAGAGCUUUCAUGAGCUUCUUGAAGUGUAAAUGGCAAGAGAUGUUCAAAAAUCAUUAUGAAUACAAAUGCACAAGGAUUUUAUGAAUGUAAUGAUGUAUUUAGGUCUCUUGUAGGGUUUUCCAAUGAAAAACAAGUGUUAGGAAUUGGUAAUCAUUAUAGAAUAAAGUAGUAUCUUUGGUUGUUA